ACUCUUUUACGACUUCUCGCAAUGGCUGCCAACAACAAGGACGAACGCAAGCUCGAGAACGGCGCUACCGCCCCUCAAAGCAAUGGCAUUCACCCCGCCUUCUACAUUGCCCUGUGGAUUGCCCUGAGUUCCAGCGUCAUUCUGUUCAAUAAAUGGGUCCUGCACACUGCCAAGUUCGCCCUGUUCCUGACGACAUGGCACAUGCUGUUCGCGACCGCCAUGACCCAGAUCCUGGCCAAGUUCACCACCGUCCUGGAUUCUCGCCACAAGGUUCCCAUGACCCCUGCCACCUACACCCGUGCCAUUGUCCCCAUUGGCAUCAUGUUCUCCCUAUCUCUGAUCUGUGGUAACCUGGCCUACCUCUACCUGAGUGUGUCCUUCAUCCAGAUGCUGAAGGCUACCAACGUCGUUGUGACCUUGGUUGCCACCUGGGCUUUCGGCAUCGCCCCCACCAGCAUGAAGACUCUGGCCAACGUCGGUAUCAUUGUCAUCGGUGUCAUGAUUGCCUCCGUCGGUGAGAUCAAGUUCGACCUCCUCGGUUUUCUCAUCCAGGUCGGUGGUAUCAUCUUCGAGGCCCUGCGUCUGGUCAUGGUCCAGCGUCUCCUCAGCUCCGCCGAGUUCAAGAUGGAUCCACUUGUCUCCCUGUACUACUACGCCCCCGCCUGCGCCGUCACCAACGGUGUCAUCACUCUCUUCACCGACCUUCCCCGCAUGACUAUGAAUGACAUUUACGGCCUUGGUAUUAUGACUCUUAUCGCCAACGCCCUGGUCGCCUUCCUGCUGAACGCUUCCGUCGUGCUCCUGAUUGGCAAGACUUCUGCUGUUGUCCUGACCAUGGCUGGUAUCCUGAAGGACAUUCUUUUGGUUGUCGCCUCUAUGGUCAUCUUCCGUGACCCCGUCACUCCCCUGCAGUUCUUCGGCUACUCCAUCGCUCUGGUCGGACUGGUCUACUACAAGCUGGGUGCCGAGAAGAUCCAGGCUCUCACCACUGAUGUCCGCCUGCAGGUUGGUGAGUACCGUCGCGCCAAUCCUGCCCAGGCUAAGGGUAUCAUGGCCGGUGUUGCUCUGACCAUCAUCCUGCUGGUUCUCUACACUGGUGCUCCCUCUGCCGCCAAGGUGACCAACUAA